AUGAGACUUCAGUGGGUCUCACUCAGCGCCUCUGGAAAGGAUAAGGUCUGGUUUCCUCUUCUUGGUGCUGCCCCGGUGUCUCCGCCAGCCAGAAUGUCCCAUUUCGUGCUGUUUCACUGCAUGAUGAUACAGAUCUUUAUAGCACCCACGGUGUCUGAAGCCAUGGUCAGAGGAACAGCGGGCCGGGCUGUGACCCUGCCCUGCUCCUACCGCGUGACGCGGCGCAGGGACGUCGCCGACAUGUGCUGGGGCAGGGGCUCCUGCCCCAACUCCAAGUGCUCCAACAAAAUCCUGCACACCACCGGCAGCAAGGUGACCUUCAGAGCAUCUCCCAGGUACGAGCUGCGGAGCCACGUUUCCUUUGGGGACGUGUCCCUCACCAUUGGGGCACUGAAGGCGGAGGAUGCAGGGGUGUACUGCUGCCGCGUGGAGAUCCCCGGCCCCUUCAACGACAUCAAGCGCAACAUCUGGCUGGAGGUGGCCACAGCCCCUCCAGUGACCACAACCAUCACCACCACCACGAGAAAUGCUCCUGUUUUCUCUGAACAUUUUACAGAAACAACGUUUGCUCCUGAAGCAACCUCUGAUGUGCAGCCAACAGCAGAGACUACAGUCCUGCUGACAACCCUUCCUCCAGAAACCACAGCCCCUGAGCUUCCAGCAGUGACCACGGGGGAGACCUCUGCUCCCCCAACAACAGAAAAUUAUAUUUUUCCUGUAACUAUGGUGCAAACGAGUGCUCCCCCAGAUUCUCCAACUACUUCCCAAGCAGCUGAUGUGACAACUGAAGAUUUCAUGUUCUGCUCCACUCUUCCUGGAAGUAGAGAGGUGGCUACUGAAUUCCCAACAUUUGGUACUGUUCCAACUGCAGAGGAAACCACCACCUCUGGCAUGGUAGAAGAGAUGUCAGUCAUGGAGGUUUCAGCAAAUUCAGAUGGCAGUGCUGGGAAACAUGAAGGAGGAGAUAAGUUUCCCACCUCUGUCAUUCUCGUUGCCUGUGUCACAGUGGGGUCCAUCCUUUUCGUGCUGAUGAUCUCCUUGGUUUGGAAACGUAAACAGGCAAAGAAGUUUAUAGUAAAAAGUGUUGGACCACCAGAAGAGACUGAAAAAGUUUUCAGUGGUGCUGAGGGAGAAAACAACAUUUUUUCCCUGUGAAGAGCUCCUACAUCAUCUGCAGAUGCCAUGGGAAAUAAAAAGGGCCUGUUCCACGCUGCACUGAGAGAUACUUGUGAGCCCUCAAAAUAUCAGUGGGUAUAAAACAAAGGCCAAAGCUUCAUCUAUGAAAAUUUAAAAUCUUUGUGCAAAUUUUCCCACAUCACCCUUAAAACUCAUUGCAUAAAGAAGCUUAUUUGAGCAGGGGCUUUAUGCAUUAUUCAGGGAUGUUCUGGCAUCUUCCUAGCACCAUGUUGCACAAUUGAAUUUGUUUUUCUCCAUUUUUCCUAAUGCUCUUCCUUGAGUACAACUUGUACUGCGAGGAACAGAAGUGAUCACAUGGAAGGCUGCCUGUCGUCAAAUUGCCAUAAAGAAAGAAAAGGAAUCAUAAAACACAGUCUUUAAUGCUUUUAUGUAAUCAACAGAAAAAUCAAGCAAGAAGAAUGCUGUGAGUUUAAAUCAAAACUGCAGAUUACUUAAGGGGUAUCACUACUGCCUGUGAUUCAGCAUGAUGGAAUAACCCUUGGAAAAAACGUUAAUAAACUUUGUAAUUUGUUGCUGGCAA